AGGAAAAAUCUUUAAAAGUUAUUCCAGCAGCAAGAUAUCGAUGACUGACGUACUAGAGCUGGAGGUUGAGGACCUGGAUGAUGAAGAAUGUGCAAGUAAGAUGGCUGACGUACAAGAACUAGAGGUUGAGGAGAUAGAUCUGGACGAUGAAGACUUCAGUUGUGAGGUACACGAUGAUGACGAGCCAGAAACAGCCGAAUCAGAGGUCGAUAUGUGUGGUAUGUGCGAAGCUAUCAUUGACGGCCAGUACCUCACCGCUUUGGACAACAAGUUUCACCCUGAGUGCUUCGUGUGCGUCAACUGCAAGAACAAGGUCGCGCCUGGACAAGACUUCUUCGAAAGGAACGAAAAGCCACUGUGUGUAGAUUGCCACUAUCUGCUGUACGGCUACAAGUGUAAAGUGUGUAAGGAGUUCAUCAAGGGACAACGACUCUGCUGGGGAGACGAUGCUUUCCAUUUCCAGUGCGUGAAAUGUACCGGGUGCGCCAAGACCCUGUGCGAAACAGACGACCUGAAGGUGGUCAACAAGAAGGACUUCAUCCAUGUAAAGUGCUGUUAGGAACUAACUUUGUAGUGAGGUGGAGACAAGGUUUACACGAUAGAUCGUGAACAAUAAGAACACGGUAGAUCGUGUCGAGUGUGAAUGCGGUGGACUGUGUACUGUGUUGGUUUUGUGUGGUAUUUUUUUGCUAUGACGUUGCCAAAAAAUGUAUAGGCUCCCAAAAAUUUUUAUUUAUUUUGACGGAAGUUGAUGGAAAAAUUUCGAGGUUUAAAUGUAUGGAUUUCGUUACAAUAUGAACAAUGAUGAUUUAUUAUAAAUUUGUACAUUUUUUUUUCAUUUCUUUACAAGUCUUAUAAUUUCCAAGGAAAUAAA